AUGAACGUAGAGGGAGAGGCGGGUCCGGUUUGCAGGGCUUCAGAGGGCGAGCCACGAGGAGGCGCUACAGCAAUUCACACCAGCGUGGACCACCAACCAAGCGAUUUGGAAGGACAUCAUCAGAGCGGGAGGACCCAAGGGGACGAAGGAAAUGCAGAAAGAGAAUCUUUGGAUAUUAACCCCAGAGAAGGACACAGUGGAUACAAUGCAGACACAAGUUGUGAAGCGUACUGUUCUUCUAAUGCUAGUGCUGAGAAGCUUGGGGAGAGUUCGGGGAAAACGGAAACGUUACACUCAGACUGCAGUAGCGAGAACUCCAGCCCCACUCCGAGCUGUCGGAUUUGUUUCCAGGGAGCCGAACAGGGGGACCUGCUGAACCCCUGCCGGUGCGACGGCUCGGUGCGCUACACCCACCAGCAGUGCCUGCUGAAGUGGAUCAGCGAGAGGGGCUCCUGGACCUGCGAGCUCUGCUGCUACCGCUUCCACGUCAUCGCCAUCAAGAUGAAGAGGCCAUGGCAGUGGCAGGCCAUCACCAUCACGCUGGUGGAGAAGGUGCAGAUCAUCGCUGUGUUCCUGGGCUCCCUCUUCCUGGUGGCCAGCGUGACGUGGCUGCUGUGGUCUGCCUUCAGCCCCAACGCUGUCUGGCAGCGCAGGGACACUCUCUUCCAGAUCUGCUACGGCAUGUACGGCUUCAUGGACCUGGUGUGCAUUGGUCUGAUUGGCCACGAGGGAGCGGCGGUGCACAACGUCUUCAAGCGCUGGCGGGCGGUGAACCUGCACUGGGACGUGCAGAACUACGACAAGGCGGCCGACGUCGAGGAGAGCAGCAGCGGCGGGGAGUCGGCGGCCGGCCGGACGCUCUGGCUGCCCCUGGCCUCCCUGCGGCCCGGCUCCGCCCUCAGCCCCACCCCGCUGGGCGCCCGCGCCUCCUGCUGCCACCGCGGCUGCGCCUUCCUCUGCCUCUGCGCCCGGCUGGCCUCCCGACACGACCCCGGGGACGGCGGCCGCUCGGGGGAGGUGGUCAUCCGCGUCACCUCCGUGUAG